UCCCCCAAGUAGGUUCACAAUGAAGUAUGCCAUCAAAGUCACGAACCCAUCAAAAGCUCCAUUAAAGUCAUGAACCCAUCAAGAGCUCUCUCUCUCCCGAAUAUAUAUAAACCCAUCUUCCCACCACCUACGUGCACUGGUUAUUCCCAACCCAGUCCUUGAUUUUCUCCUUUAUUUGCAUUUUGCAGUUUCCAAAGGCAAGAAAGAAGAUAAAAAAACCAAGCAAGCAAGGAAGCAUGAAACCCUUCACCAGCAUCCAGCUCCUCCGCGCCUCCUUCGCUGCUCUCUUAAUCACAACCCUCCUCGUCCAGUACACACUCUUAUCCGGCACCUCAUUCCUCCACCACCUCUUCCAAAACCUCAUCACCACACUACCAUGCUCCUUAUGCGUACUUCUCUCCCUUCUCUACUACUUCUCCACUCGUCCACGCCCUAUUCUCCUUCUCGACUACGUAUGCUUCAAGCCCUCCUUCGAUCGCAAGUGCAGCUACGAAGUCUGCGAGUACUUCCUCCGCCGUAGCCGUCGAUUCAGCACCAAAAGCGAAGAUUUCAUGCGUGGCAUCUAUCUAAAGUCCGGCUUAGGCGACGAAACAUACGCUCCACCCUUCAUCUUCCAAACAGAUUACGAAGCCAAACACCAAUCCGCCGUCCAAGAAGCACAAGAAGGAAUGUUCUCAACCGUUGAUCUCCUCCUCUCUAAAACCCAUGUGGACCCUUCUCAGAUCGACUUCCUGAUCGUGACAUGUGGCAUGUUCUCCCCCGUCCCUUCGCUUUCCUCUCUCGUCGUCAACCGUUACAAGCUUAGACCAGACAUCAAGACCUUUAAUCUUAGCGGCAUGGGUUGCAGCUCGGGUGUUAUGUCCAUCGAUUUGGCCGCUAAGGUGUUGAGCAGCUCUACCGCUUGUUCGUACGCCUUAGUUGUCGUCACCGAAAGCAUCAGCUUAAAUUGGUACUUCGGCGAUGAUCGUUCUAUGCUCGUCACCAACUGUAUUUUCCGAGUGGGUUGCGCCGCCGCUUUGAUCACCAGCGAUCCGAGUCGCCGCCGAGACUCCAAGAUGCAACUCCUUAACUCACUUAGAACUCACCACGGCGCAGACGAUAGAGCCUACGCUGCCGCGUUCCAGCAAGAAGAUGAGAACGGUAACAUUGGUGUUUCUCUCACUAAAGACUUGAUUCGUGUCGCUGGCGUUGGCCUGCGCGAGCAUAUCAAAUUGCUCGCACCACGAGUUCUCCCACUGAGUCAACUCGUCUCCUACGCUUUCUCGGUGGUAAUGUCUGUGCUAUCCCGUGGUGAGUCGAAGCCAAUGGUGCCGGACGUUAUGACGGCUUUCGAACAUGUUUGUAUACAUACGGGUGGGAAGGCUGUGAUCGAGCAGGUGGGUAGAGUUCUGAGGUUGGGUGAGGAGGUGACUGAGCCAGCUCGGAUGUGUUUGCACCGAUUCGGUAACACUUCGAGUAGUCUUGUGUUCUACGAGUUGGCUUAUUUUGAAGCGAAGGAGAGGGUGAAGAGAGAUGAUAAGAUGUGGAUGCUGGCUUUUGGGACUGGGUUUAAAGUUUGUAGUCUUGUGUGGAAGUCACUUAGAGAUUUGAGUAAAGAUGCUGAGAAUCCAUGGAAUGAUUGCAUCCAUAGAUACCCAUUAAAAACUUGGUGAUGGAAGGACUUGGUGAGAGAGACUGGUGAGAACUUGGUGAAGAACAUUGAAGAGAGAGCCAAGGAAAUAUGUGAACGAGAAAGAGUAACUUUGGAACUGUAACUCUAGCUCUUUCCUUUCUUCUUCAAGGAUAGAGGAGAUGAAAGCAAUGCGAUAACUUUUUUUUCCUUUUUGGGGGGUGGGGGGUGUGGGAUUUGAAUUACUCUUGUUUUGAAUUUAUUUUUCUGCAACAUUCUUGUUGUUUUCAUCUCUAUUUUGGUUGUUUGGAGUUUCCAGCUGAUCAUGGGAAGAUCUCUCUCUCUCUCUCUCUCAUGAAUUGGGACUGUCACUUCAGUCUUUUCAGAUCCAAGUGGAUGUUGGAAGGACAUGAAGAGCGUUAUGUUUCAAUUCAAAAGGUAAUAUUAAUGCACAAAUAAAUAGGGUUCAUAGCCAA